AUGAACAAUCGACCAGUGGAGCAAGCAUUGGGGAACCUCGUUCCUACACACGCCAAUGAUCUACCUCAGGAGCUUCUCAGCCUUGCCUUGAAUCUCGUGGCCCAAUCUCGGAGCUUCUCAAGUAGUCUGAAGCCCGAGGAAGAAAUUGCCCGACCAUAUGCUUGUGCCGAGAUUGCCUGCAGGAGGUUAAGCCGAGCGCUCAAACUUCCCCCGCUACUCGGUCAUGCCCCAUGCCCUCCGCGUGUAUACAAGAAGCUCUACUCCUACCUUGACAGGUCUCUCGGAACUGGCUCAGGAGGACUCAAGCGCUCAGCAAGUGUAUCUGGAACACCAACUCGCAGCAACUCUGCAAGAACCACUCCCAACAAGGCGGUUGGAAAUACCCCUUCGAAGGUUGCUCCUACGUCACGAGGCCUCCAAAACACACCCUCCAAAUCCACACCUUUGAAGCGGAGUGUCAGUGUCGCCGCCAGGCUAGGCUCGCCAUCCAAAUCCGCCCGAAAAUCUAUUCAAAGCCAUCCUAGGGAUAUCACUAAAUCGACGAUCAUUCCAGAUGCCCCUGCAUGGGCAAUGACCGCCAUCCGCACAGUAUGCAAGACACUUUCGACCCCAGCUCCGCGGACAAACACCUGGUCCAGACCUCCAAUCUCACGAACUCUCCCCCCUCACAUAUUUUCCGGCGUCUCGACCGUCCUCUAUUUGACAUCGAGUAUGUUUAACGAUGAAGAAGGCUUCGACGAGGAAACGCUGGAGUUCUUGGAACCCAUUGUGUCUAUUGGUGGCAAUGAUGCCGAAUUCAAAGACCUCGUGCAUGCCAUGGUGGUCGCAGUGUACUUUAUUGUUCUAGCUCGCCGGCGAAAUCCUACGCCGUCUGAGAACGGCGAGAUGGAUAGCGAGGCGCAGAAGAUGGACAAGAAGACGUUUACAGAGAUGCGCCAGACUGCCUUGACUUGCCUUGGUCUCCCGACUGAUAGACGGCAUCGUGAUGAUGUUGAUCAAUGGAUUGCUCUGAUCAUGGAACAGGGCUGGGCCAAUGGCCAGGAGUGGUUCGAGAAUAUCCCACUCGCUGGAGAGCUGGAUGGCGAGGAUGAGGAGGGCAACUCGUACCGCAAUCUCGACGAGGAAGAUGCGGCAUUCCGAGGUGUGAAGCUACCCAAGCGCCAUGAUGGGGCCGGCAAUUCCAAGUCCCAUCCUUCAAAGCCAGAGGCUUCCCAUGGUGGUCUGUUGCCUGGUCUGGGGACUAUGAUGCAGGAUCGGGUGGACUGGUUGAGUGAGGAUCGCCGGGAGGAAUUCGUCGAGUGGAAAGCAGACAUUAUGUCCCGCCUCGGGUCUGCAGCUGCAUGA